AUGGGCAGGAUGACAGACAGUGAAGUUGUUAUUGGAGUGGUCUUCUCAUUGCAGAUUGUAAUUGGGGUUCUAGGCAAUUGCUCCCUUCUCUACCACUAUCUGUUCCUUUACUUCACUGGGUUCAAGUUAAGGUGCACAGACCUAAUCGUUAAGCACUUGAUUGUAGCCAAUCUCUUAACUCUCCUGGUUAGAGGAGUGCCCCACAGCAUAGCAGCUUUUGGUUGGCAAGUUUCUCCCGGUGAUGUGGGAUGCAAACUACUGUUCUAUCUGCAGAGAAUAAGCAGGGGUGGAACCGUGGGCAGCACUUGUUUCCUCAGUGUAUUCCAAGCCAUCACCAUCAGUUCCAGGAUCUCCAGGUGGGCAGAACUCAAAGUAAAGGCUCCCCAGUACGCUGACUCCUCCAUGUGCCUGUUCUGGGUCCUGUACAGCCUUGUAAAUGUUAUUUUUCUUUUGUCCAUCACUGGCAAGCAGAGCAACCAAAAUUUAACAAACCUCAAACAUCAUAGUUACUGUUCCAGUAUUCGUCACAACAAAAUCGCAGAGUCAUUAUAUGCAGCCCUUCUGUCCUUUCCUGAUGUUCUGUGUGUGGGCCUCAUGCUCUGGACAAGCAGCUACAUGGUAUCUAUCCUGCACAGGCACAAGCAGCAGAUGAAAUACAUCCGUACGACUAAUGUCAGACCUGGAUCUUCCCCUGAGUCCAGAGCUACCAAAAACAUCCUUCUCCUGGUCAUUACCUACGUCUGCUUUUACACAGUGUCCUGCAUCAUUCAAGUCUAUAGCUCUUUCACUUAUAAUCCUACAUGGAUCCUGGUGAACACAUCUAUAAUCAUUGCUGGCUUUUUCCCAACUGUCAGCCCCUUUCUUCUCCUGAGACAUGACGCCAGUGCCUGUAAGCGUUGUUUUGCCAACAUAAGAAAUAGAAGGUCUCCUAGUCAUAUGAGGAAUGGGUAA